UCCUCUCCUCUGGUUUAGCUCCAGUAUUCGUCCAUGGCCUCCUUCGUUCGUAGACAGGUCAUCCUCACUCUCUUCUCCGCCGCGCUUGUGCUCUGCACAGCCCGGGCGCAACUGUCGCGCGCAUUCUACGCUAGCACUUGUCCAAGCUUACCCCGCAUCGUGCGGACGACCAUGGCGCAGGCCGUCAACAGGGAGCCACGGAUGGCUGCAUCCAUUCUCCGCCUCUUCUUCCAUGACUGCUUCGUGAAUGGCUGCGAUGCAUCGAUACUUCUGGAUGAUACUGCCACAUUCACCGGCGAGAAGAAUGCUUUUCCCAAUAGAAACUCCGCCCGCGGGUACGAGGUCAUCGACACCAUCAAAUCCAACGUCGAAGCUGCUUGCCAAGCGACCGUGUCGUGCGCCGACAUCCUCGCGCUCGCCGCUCGCGAUGGCGUGGCCUUGCUUGGUGGACCAAAAUGGAGGGUUCAACUUGGCCGUCGCGACGCAACGACGGCGAGCCAAAGCGACGCCAACAGCAACCUCCCGGGACCCUCCUCGAGCCUCGCGAACCUCAUCUCCUCGUUCGCUGCCAAGGGCCUCAGCGCGCGCGACAUGACCGCCCUCUCCGGCGCCCACACCAUCGGCCAAGCGCGGUGCACCACCUUCCGCUCCCACAUCUACAGCGACGCCGACGUCGACCCCAGCUUCGCGGCCCUGAGCCAGCAGAACUGCCCCUCCACCGGCGGCGACGACAACUUGGCUCCGCUGGACCUUCAGACGCCGAAUCGGUUCGACAACGAGUACUACCAGAACCUGGUGGCCAAGAAGGGGCUGCUGCACUCGGACCAGGAGCUCUUCAACAAUGGAACCCAGGACUCCCUGGUGAGGCUGUACAGUGUCAACGCAAGGGCAUUUGCCAGAGAUUUUGCGGCGGCGAUGGUGAAGAUGGGAGCCAUCAGCCCACUGACGGGAACGAACGGAGAGAUUAGAUUGAACUGCAGGAACGUGAACUAGCAACGUUAUGACGAUGAUUCCUGAGAUGCUUCAUCUGUAUUCUUUUACACUGUUCUUUUAUGGCUUCUUUGACAGAGCAAAGCAAUAAAAAGCUGUAAAGAUUUACUGUA